AUGUCUGAAGCCGCUUUGGAAUCUGCAAAAGCAGAGAAACUUCGAAAACGCCAGGAACAGCUAGCGAAAUGGAAGUCAAAGAAAGCUUCUACUCCAUCAGAUGACUUAGCUCUACCUAUCUCGAAGGAUGGGUCUAAUAUCGACAACGCCGUAGAUGAGAAAAAACUCGAAAGAUUGAAGAAACUAGAGGAGUGGAAGAAAAAGAGACAACAGGCAGACCAACUGGGAUCAUCAUCGAUUCAACUCCAGGAGAAACAAAAUCUGCGACUAGAGGCCUGGAAGAAGAAGCGUAGUGAGCAAUCAAAUUUUAAGGCUACGUUAAUUCCUAAAUUUCCACAACGAACAGUAAAAAAGGCUCGGCCCCAUUCAACUUCGUCAUCUCUUUUUGAUGAAACAGAGAAUACCACAGAAAAAUUGUUAUUCAAGAAACCAACACUCUCUCGCUCAAACGAUUCGGAAUCUCAUUCUCUUGAUGAGUCUCCUGAAGACUCUUUGGAUGCAUACUUGGAUAGCUUGCAGACAGAAACAACAGAGGUCAAUCAAAGCCCAAUGAUCGUUGAGGCUGAAGAUUCAGAGCCCGAGAAUCUGGGUGAAGAUGAGGAUCAAAAGCUCAUUUCAUCUAAAAUGAAGAGCUUACAAAAGGAAAAAGCGCUACUGGUGGUCGACCAUAGUCAAGUAGACUAUAUACCAUUCAGAAAGAACUUUUACGAAGAGCCAGAUGCAAUUAAGAAUCUAAUGCCAGAGGAUAUUGCUCUUCUCCGCCUCUCAAUGGACGGAAUCAAAGUGUCUGGCUCAAACGUUCCUUCUCCAAUUUGGGACUGGGAUCAACUUGGGUUGUCUUCUUUGGUAGUCUCAAUCUUAAAGGAAGAAUUACGCUUCGAAACUCCAACAUCUAUACAGUCGCAAGCUUUGCCAUCUAUCAUGUCAGGUCGUGAUUUUCUAGGUAUUGCAAAGACUGGUUCUGGAAAGACUUUGGGAUUUAUUUUACCUCUUCUCCGACACGUUCAAGAUCAACCGCCGUUGGAGGAUGGUGACGGCCCAAUCGGUAUUUUGCUAACGCCUACAAGAGAACUAGCUCUACAGAUUUACAAGGUACUCUCAGUUUUUGCAAAAAAAUUGUCUAUUUCCACAGCGUGCUGUUAUGGUGGCUCUUCGAUUGAACCUCAAAUAGCCGAUCUAAAGAAAGGCUCCCAAAUUGUGGUUGCUACUCCAGGCCGAUUAAUCGAUUUAUUAGCCGCAAAUGGUGGUAGAGUUUGUAAUUUGAGAAGAGUGACCUAUGUUGUGUUAGAUGAGGCUGAUCGUAUGUUUGAUUUUGGUUUCGAACCUCAAGUGAACAAAAUAUUCUCCCAAAUCAGACCCGACAGACAAAGCAUUUUAUUUUCUGCAACAUUUGCAAAAAAAAUGGAAUCCCUAGCAAAAGCCAUCUUGGUUGAUCCUGUUGAAAUUAUUGUUGGAGGAAUCAGCGUGGUGCCUCCAGAAAUUACGCAAAGAGUCGAAUUCAUUGGUCUAGAAGGCCAUGAAUCUGAAGAAGAGAUCUCUUCCAUGAAGCUCCAACUCCUUAUCUCAACUCUUCUGAAAUUUCCAGACGUGAAGAAGCUUGUUUUUGUGGAGAAACAAGACUCUGCUGAUAAGUUGCUAGUGAAGCUUCUUGCGAAUAGUUUUGCAUGUGUCGCUAUCCAUGGUGGCAAGGAGCAAAUUGACCGCAAGUAUGCAAUCAAAGAGUUCAGUGAUCCAAACAGUGGGGUGGACAUCAUGCUCGCCACUUCAAUCGCUGCUAGGGGCUUGGAUGUGAAGGGCUUGGAUCUUGUGGUGAAUUACGACCCUGCGAAUCACAUGGAAGACUAUGUCCAUAGAGUUGGUAGGACAGGUAGAGCAGGUCUGAGUGGGCAUGCAUAUACCUUGGUCACUCUGAAGCAAGAGCGGUCAAUCACCGAUCUCGUUAAGGCAUUGCGACUCAGCAAGAUCCCGGAUUCGGAAAUAGACGACCGGCUCCUCAGUAUAGCAAAUGCGUUCUUGGACAAAGUCAAACAAGGAAAAGAGAAAUACCGCUUCGGUUUCGGUGGAGAGGGAUUGAGUAAGCUCGAUCAGGUUAGAAAGAGUAACCAAGUCAUGGAAAGAAGGGCCUACGAUGUUGCAAAUGACGGGAAUCUGGUUACUCCGGUUCCUUCUACAGUUGAUACCCCCAACAAAGAACGUGAGGCUGGCCUAGAUCUUCCAGAGUUCACUAUCAUUGAAGGAAAAGCUGAGGAAAGCAGUGGUCCUGACAAGUGCAAAUUCCAUUCAAGGAUCACAAUUAAUGACUUGCCACAAAAAGCGCGGUGGAUUGUCGUUAACCGAGAGAGUCUUGCCCAAAUCAUUGAAUCUACAGCGACCUCUAUUACUAACAAGGGUCAAUACUACCCACCUAACACUAAGGUGCCAACUACGAUUAAACAAGGUGGCAAAGAAGUGCCAGCACCACCAAAACUAUACCUUCUCAUUGAGGGACUUACUCAAAUGGCUGUCAAAGAAGCCAAUCGCUUGAUUCGCCAAAAAAUGAUAGAAGGUUUAGAACAAGCUGGACUAGAAGACAACCUAACUGCACCCAUGGGUAAAUAUACGGUGUGA